AUGAUCAAACUAAGAUCGAAAAGGUUAUUCAAAAGCAGCUCUAACAUUGCUAAGGGUGAAGCAAUUCACGGUGUUGGUGGAGCCACCGUAAAGAGAUGUGGAGUCAUUGAUGGCGAGAUCAAAUGGGAAGUACGUCCUGGAGGCAUGCUUGUUCAAAAAAGAGAUUGUAAAGAAAGUGAUAACGAAGUGUUGAUCACAAUUAGAGUCUCUGCAAUCUCCAAAUGGCAUGAGAUAUCAGUUCAAGCAACCUCAACUUUUGGAGAAUUAAAGAUGAUAUUGUCAUUGUUAACAAAUUUGGAACCGAAAGAGCAAAGGCUAUUAUUUAAAGGGAAAGAAAGGGAAGACAAUGAAUAUUUGCACUUGGUUGGGGUAAGAGAUAAAGACAAGGUUCUUAUGUUAGAAGAUCCGGCCAUCAAAGAGAGGAAGCUUGUCGGGUUGGCGGAUCGCCAAGUCAUCGGAUCACCUUGUCGGACCAUCACUAUCUAA